AUGGACAUCUCUAAGUCAAAAUGGAUCAAUAAAGAGAAGAUAUUAUGCUUGUUUUCCUCUUUAUUUUCUUAUGCCCAAGAUCAAAAUAAAUGCAAAUGUGAAUCUCAUAAAGUGGAAAAAUGCCUUUGCAAAGAAAACAAGGUAUCCAGAGAUGAAAAUAUGGCUCUUAGAAAGGAAAAUAAGUCCCUGUGGGGAGAAAACAAAGCCCUUCGAGAAGAAAACAAAGGCUUUAGAAUGAACAAUCAAUUCAUCAGGGAGAGGAAUCAGCUCCUGAGACAGCAAAACCAGGUCCUGUGGAAAGUUAAAAGGGUGGUUUUGGAGAGUCAGAAACUAUCUGGAGAAAUCAUCAAUGCACUCAGCACAGAAAGAAAGUCUUACUGGCAACAGAAUCAAGCCCUGACUGCUCAGAUCAAGGCUCUCAGGCAACAAGAAAAAGCCUUCCAGAAUGAGUCAAAAGCACUUGAGGAGGAGAUUCGAUCGCUGCAGGAGGAGAUCAAGGCGCUGCAACAUCAAGAGAGAGCAAUCAGAAUGGAGGAAAUGGCCACACUGAAGGAGGGCUUAGCUCUAGAGAAAGAAGAGCGAGCUUUAUGGAAGGAGGAGCAGGCUCUCCGUGAAGAGAACAAGGCUCUCAGAGAAGAAUACAAUGCUCUUCAGGAGGAGGAGAAAGCCCUGCAGGAAGAGACAAAGAUCCUUGAGGAGUGGAAUGGUAUUCUUCAGGGAAAGAGCACAAGUGGCCUUGCUGAGAAACCAGGCAGUGACAGAAUAGAACUAGGGAGCUGUGACCCGGAAGUGCAAUCAGAGAACUAA